AUGGCAACACCGACAAACGGAUCAGCAUGCGAGUCGAAAAAGACCGUGUCACCAUCGACUUCCGGAGCGAAGAAGACGAUCUGCUGGAGCGCGGAAUUG